GUCUGGGCAAUGGCCGCUCUCACUGUGUCGUGCAGGGUUUAUGAAUUUCUCCGGUAGAGAAAAAUAAGAACCCCGAGCAGAUCGUACAUUGUUUGUGCACGGUCACCCCAAGGACAGAGACCGGGUGACUCCCAACACUAAGACCCCAGUCUCCCGAGACUCCGUGCUUUGAAAGGUGACCGAAUGUGUUUUAAAUCGCGAUGUCCGUGUGUUGUGCAGGAGGGAGCGCUUUAUUGUUGCAUGCAAUUUUAGCCCGUGUGCACCGAAGAAACCUCGUUAAGCGACGCAAUUCGCGCUUUUAGACCAUGAAAGUAAAGUGCGUGUUAUUUAAUUGCUGUUAUCGACGUUUAAGCGGCGCGAUUGGUCGGAAAAUGUGGGAAAUGGUGUCGUUUUCUAGUGUGCGGGCAGGAUUUGGGCCUGUUAGCCGCACCGCCAUCAACGAAGUCUCCUGUUAAAGAUAAAGAGGCUAGUAAGACGUGUGUCGGUCUCCCUCUCACGAAUCCAUUGCCUUAAAUCUGAAGAGUUCUUGCUGAUGGAUACGCCUGAGAGCCCAACCCAGUCCCCGCAGUCUCCCGAGGAGGAGGAGAAGGGUCUCUCUGACAGUGAGCUGCUGGAAUCACCCGAGUCCCCGGCAGAAGCAGACAAGGGAGUGUCAGACAGUGAGCUCUUGAAUGAAGAUGAAAACGAAGUCCAGGAGCAUGGAGGAGACUCAGACUCUGAGGACAGAGACAGGCUGCCUUCUGGCCGAGAAGAUCCAGAGGAGCUUUCAGACCUGGAAGAUUACAAAAUGGACCGGGAGGAGAGAGAAGACGUCCACCAACAAGAGGGUGCUUUGAGGGUUCAAGAAAGCGAGCAGAAUGCUAUCCAGUCUCCUGAGGAAGAAAUCCUGGAGACGCCGAGAUCUCCAGAUCCUGAUUCGCCAGCGGCAGAACAUGAGCGACCAUUUACUCCAGUAGAGGAAGAGCGAGGAGAUGAUGAGGAGGAGGAGGAAGAUGAGACUACUACCAAAUCUGGCCUUGGCCAGGCAGAGCUUGAGGAAGAGGAGGAUGAGGAAGAGGAGAGAAGGCGGCGGAGGAGAGCGGCGAUGGCUGUGAGCGAUCUGAAGGAUGAGUCUUCUGUGUCCAGAGAUCUGGAUGAACACGAGCUGGAUUAUGAUGAAGAGGUUCCAGAGGAGCCGAGCGCUGCUGCUCCUGAGGAAGACGAGCCAGAGAAGCCUGCUGUAGGGGAGGAUGGAGAAGAUGAAGAGGAGGAGGAUGAAGAGGAGGAGAAGAGGCGCAAGAGGAAAGAAAGGAAACCUAUUCUACCUCCAGAUAACAGAGAUACACCUCUGAGGAAGUCUGAGGAUUCGAGGGAAGGAGGGAGGAGAGAUUCGUUUCGUGAUAAAAAGAAAGAGGAGGAUGAUGGAGAGAUCGAUGAGGGAGAGAUAGAUGAUGAUGAUCUUGAAGAAGGAGAGGUGAAGGACCCUAUGGACCGAAAGAUCAGACCCCGACCCAUCUGCAGGUUUUUCAUGAAAGGUAACUGCACAUGGGGGAUGAUCUGUAGGUUUAUCCAUCCUGGAGUCAAUGAUAAAGGCAACUAUUCGCUGAUCUCCAAGCCAGACCCCUUCUCUCCAAACGGAGCCCCUCCAGGAGGAGCAGCAGGUGGUGGACCUCACCCCCUUAUGCCUGCUAACCCCUGGGGAGCUCCUGCUGUAGAAGAGCUGCCUCCUCCACCUCCUCCUCUAGAUCCUCCAGUGGAGAGCGCCUGGGAACGAGGCCUUAGACAUGCCAAAGAGGUGUUAAAAAAAGCCACCAUACGUAAAGAGCAGGAACCAGAUUUUGAGGAAAAACGUUUCACCGUGACCAUCGGCGAAGAUGAUCGAGACUUCGACAAAGAAAAUGACUUCUUCAGGGAACGCGGUGGUUAUCGCAUUACCAGAGAGAUCAGAGAUGCUGGUGAUCUGGAGUUUAGAGAGCCAGGUUAUGGUAGUGAUCCUUAUGGCGACCCAUACUACGAUUAUGAGAUGGAAGCUUUUUGGCGAGGAGGCCAGUAUGAGAAUUUUCGAGUGCAGUACACCGAGACCCCUCUGCCCUACUAUCCUGACCGAGAGAGGGAACGAGAUCCACGCGAACGGCACCGUGAGAGGGAGCGGGAGCGUGAGAGAGACCACCGUGAACGGGAGCGCAGACAGAGAGAGCGGGAGAGGGAGAGAGAACGGGAAAGGGAGAAGGACAGCCGACGCAGGAAGGAGGAAUGGGACAGGGAUCGUCUGAAACGAGACGAAAAGGAGGGAAGGCCGAGAGAAAGACCUCUACGAGAGCCAAGAGAGAAAAAAGAUGAGAAGGAGAAGACGCUUAAACCACGAUCGCCCACAAACAUGCCACCAAGAGGGCCAAUGGAGCCACCACCUAAGAAGGACAUGCUCUCGGUGACCAAGAGGCCAGAUGAAUGGAACGACCCCUGGUGCCGGUCUAAGUCUCCUAGAAGACGAGCUGGCCUCAUGGGCUCUCCUCCGCGUGGCCGUAGGCGACACAGGCCCUCCGGAUCAUCAGUUUCCCUUUCCAAUUCAUCUAGGUCUUCAUCCCGGUCCUCAUCAUUCACGGGUUCUGGCUCUUCCCGUUCCCGAUCUCGUUCACGGUCCUCUUCAAUGAGUUCCUACUCAAGCCACUCUUCUCAGCACAGCUCCUUCAGCGGGAGCCGCUCUAGAUCGGGAUCAUUUUCUUCUUCACCCUCUCCGAGCCCCUCGGCACAAAGAAAUGCUAACAAGAACAAAGCUGAACAGCCUCCUGGUGCAGUAAAAGGCCCUCCGUUGAAGCCUGGUGCUCUGCCACCUCCUCGCAGGGACAAAGGGCCUCCAAAAAUUAUGCCCAGCCCAUCGCUGCCUGAACAGCCAGCAAAACCACCCAAGCCAAUUACAGAGGCAGUAAAACCCACUAACCCCCGUCCACCCGGAAGACCUCCUGGACCCCGAGAGCCCAGAGAACCUCCCAAUAUGAGAGAAGGGCGCAAGAAAGAACGACAGCAGCACAACCCACCUCGCAGGCGAACGGUGAGCGGCAGUGUAAGUGGCAGCAGUUAUUCUGGCUCCAGCUCACGCUCAAGAUCUCGUUCCUCCUCUGCCUCAGCCUCCCGGUCCGGAUCCCACAAGUCUAGGUCUCUGUCGGUCAGCAGUGUGUCGUCUGUCUCCUCCGCCUCCUCCAGCAGUAGUUCGGUCAGGAGUGCCGACUCUGAUGACAUGUAUGCUGAUUUGGCCAGUCCAGUGUCCUCUGCCAGCUCCCGCUCGCCCACCCCAGGACAUCCCCGCAAGGACAGAGGCCCUCCACGGGAAAGGGGCCCCAACAAAGAGAGAGGUAAACCACCAAAGAAAGACGAGCCUUUUAAAGAUGAGCGGAAGAGAGUGGACCCAUCCGGUCUCCCACCCAAAGCCAGUUCUGACAUGCCUAGAUCUGGAAACCGAGGUCACCCAAUGCAUCCACCGCCCAUGGGUCCUCCAGGAGGAUACGGCUCUCAUAAGGACAUCAAGCUCACCCUGCUCAACAAGCAGCAAACAGACAGGAGCAAUAGGAAAAGGUACUUUCCUUCUGAUAAAGAGCGACCCCCUUCGCCUCUCCGCAAGAGGAUGGCGAUGUCACCUGAUGGAGGUCGAGACAGGAGAAUGCCUGGACGGCCCCCGAUAUCUCCUAGAAUGGAGCGGCCCAAAGGCCAGGGUCCUCGCCCGAUGCCGCCACAAGGAGAAAGGAAGCGUCCUUUUUCUCCUCCAGCCAAGUCUUCUGGGAAAGGUCCUGCUGCUGCAUCUGCAGCUAAACCUCCUGCGCCUGGUGCUGGAUCCGGCUCUGCUUCUGGUUCUGCUCCGGGCAAACCAAGCAGUACCCUUUCACGCCGCGAGGAGCUCCUGAAACAGUUAAAGGCUGUGGAGGACGCCAUAGCCCGCAAACGGGCCAAAAUCCCUGGGAAAUAAUUAACCUAACAUCAUCUGGGACAUCCAUGUUGUGCUCAAUGCCCAGUGUUUGGCAGAAAUAAAGGAAAUGGUCAUCAAUCUGAACUCCAAAGGCAUCCUGUAAAUGUCUUAACGGUGGGGGAAAAGAGACCGUCGUUUAAUUUCUGCUCAUUUUGCCCUCAAAGAGAGGUUGUCUAGGUUUUAUAUUGAUGUGAUAAAGUUGAGAAGCCGGUCACUUUGUUUGUUUUUGCAGGACGAUGGAGUCUUUACUGUAGUGCGUCUCAAAGAUAAACUGUACAUCCACUGAACAUAUUUGCUCUUCAUCCUGCCAUAUUCUUCUUGCUUUUCUCCUGUCAUUUUCUGAGGAGUUACAGAGGACAGACUUGUUUAAUGUGUCAGAUCUACGCAUUUGACAUCUGUCCUACUCAAAAAAACUAAACAAAUCUGAAACUGCCUUUUCAGAGAGUCCGGUGAACUUGUCUAUCCUCCACAUCCAUGCGUUUAGCGUUUACCGUUUUCACCAUGUUCAUCUACAAAGCCAGACGACAGAAUUCCCGUUGCUUAAACUGUAUGAUUGUAGAGAACCAAUGACAGUGAUGUGAAAUGUUGCUUUUUUUAAAAGAUUCUGCGUUGUUUUUUUUUUCCCUUCCCUUUCCACUAGCUAAGUUAAAACCUGCAUUUUAUUUGUCCCUCAUUUUUAGUUGAAAGUGUGAGAGGCUGCAUUUGGGACGCCCGGAGAUGAGGAAUAAUUCAGUCUUGCUUUUUGUGACAAAAAAAAGCUUCUAAAUAAACUAUUUUGAUAAAGAGAAUAA